CCCCUCUUCUGCUUAACGUCGCGCCGUGGAGUGGAUGUUUUGGUGAAAAAAUACGGUGUCGAAAAGGGGACGUAAAUACCUUCAAAACAUGACAUUUCGACCGAGCGGGACCUAAAGCGGCUGAGCGCGUGGGGGAGCAGAGGAUCCACGGCGAAGGUUUCGGUUUACUUUUUUUUGCCUCGUAUCCCUCCGCAUGUCCGCUUUCUUCGUAGAUGGUCUCCAGCGAGCGUUGUCUGGCGGCGGACGACAAGUUGCCAAGGAAGAAGAAUAAUAUGAAGGAGAUGAUCGGCGGUUGCUGUGUUUGCUCUGAUGAGAGAGGCUGGGCCGAAAACCCGCUGGUGUACUGCGACGGACACGGCUGCAACGUGGCCGUGCAUCAAGCCUGCUACGGCAUCGUGCAGGUGCCCACUGGUCCCUGGUUCUGCAGAAAGUGUGAAUCUCAGGAGAGAGCGGCCCGUGUGAGAUGUGAGCUGUGUCCCCACAAAGAUGGAGCCCUGAAGAGGACAGACAACGGAGGCUGGGCCCAUGUAGUCUGUGCCCUUUAUAUACCCGAAGUGGAAUUCGCUAAUGUGUCGACGAUGGAGCCCAUAGUACUCCAGUCCGUGCCGCAUGACCGCUACAACAAGACGUGUUACAUCUGUGAGGACCAGGGCAGAGAGAGUAAGGCGGCCAGUGGAGCCUGUAUGACCUGCAACAAACAUGGCUGCCGGCAGGCCUUCCAUGUCACAUGUGCCCAGUUUGCGGGGUUGCUGUGUGAAGAACAAGGAUCAGACGCAGACAAUGUCAAGUACUGUGGAUAUUGCAAGUACCACCACAGCAAAUUGAAACACAAGGAGAGGGACAGGCACAAACCCAAACACAAGAAGAUCUCCAUGGACAUGUCCCCCUCCCUUGUCCUUCCUAACAUCUUGGUCCCGGACAAGACCUACAACAGCGGCAGCUCAGGGGGAGGAGUCACCUCCCUGCCGGCGUCCUCGCAGAAGCGGCUGGACGAUGCCACUGCUCGCUUCACCACGGCCAACUUUCAAGAGGUGUCCUCCGCCCUCGCCCUCUCCGGCGGCGGCUCCAAAGACGGCUCGGCGGCCGACGCCGGCAAGGCGGCCUCCGAGGUGAAGAACAAAAAGAGCGGCGGCGUGGGUCACGUGGCGGGACAGAGGGGCGGCCGCAAAUCCCUCACUUCCUCAGGGAAACCCCUCCCUUCCGCCGUGGUCACCAUGGCAACCUCCUCCACAUCUGCCUCUGCCUCCAUCGGGCCUUUCCAUCAAGGCCUCCUGUUGACUAGUGCCAGCAAGACGCCCUCCGCUCCAUCCUCCUCAGACUUCCUGAGUUUCUCGGAUUCAGCGCUGCGUUCGGGGGGGGGCACCACCUUCUCCUCCCCGCCGUCUUUCAGCAGCUGCCUGGUGAAGCCGAGCUCGGAGGGCGGCGCCUCGGAGGGAACCACGGCCCUCUUUGGCUCCAUGAUGUCCACUAACACGGCCUCCGCAGUGGGCGGGAAGCUGUACGAGAACUCCCACAGUCACACGGCCACCGAGACGACGAGCCUGGUUGGGCCCGCCGGCUACAAGCGGCCACAACCCUCCAGCUCGCUGCCGGGGAUCGGAGGAGCCGCGGCGGGAGGAGGAGGAGGAGGGGACGAUGGGGUGAAGAAGAAGAAGAAGGGCAACUGGCGCAACAGAUUUGGACCUUGCUUCACCACGGACGUGAAAGCUUCCGAGCCGGCUCCCUCGCUGACGCUCCCCUCCUCCUCGACGGCUAACACCACCGCCGCCGCCGCCACCUCCUCCACCGCCUCCCCAUCCUCCUCCUCCUCGUCGAUGCUCACAGGCCGGCCGGGCAUGGUGUCCAGCAGUGGCUUAGGAGUGGGGUUGGGAGCAGCAGGAGGAGGAGAGAGGGGGCUCGGCGUCAUGGGUGUCAGCAGUGGGAUACAGAACCACAGGAAUGGGAGUCUGCAGAGCAGCAGCUCCACAGCCGCUGGGCCAGGUGUUUUCUCGGGUGCCGACGGGUCCUCGACGGGGGCGGGAGUGGUCGCCGCUGGCGGAGCCGGCUCCGAGUUGUCCCAGCAACAGCAGACCACACCUUCACUAGCCCCUCCCCCCUCUCCAUUCACUGCCACCGCACCCCUCACCAGCACCGCCUCUGCACACGUGAGCGGUCUGCCAGCCUCCGUCUUCAACCUGGCCCCCUCCCACAUGUUCGGCAACCGGCUGAAUCCCAACUCGGCCAUGGCGGCACUCAUCGCCCAGUCCGAGGCCUCACCAGCAGAUCAGGAGGUGGGAGACGGCGGCGUCGGAUCUCAGGGCUUCUCCAUAAGAGCUUCUCCCAAGACCACCCCGCGCUCUCCCAUUGGCGGCCUGCAGAUCCGCUAUGACUCCUCGGGGUCGUUGCCGGGGCCGGGGCUUGGGUUGCUAGGGGCGGGGGGAGGCGGCGGGGAGGCGUUGCCCCCGGUGGCCACCAGCAUUGAACAGCUCCUGGAGAGGCAGUGGAACGAAGGGCAGAGCUUCCUGCUGCAGCAGGGAGCGCAGGGAGAUGUGGUGGGCAUGUUGAAGUCUCUCCACCAGCUGCAGGAGGAGAACCGGAGGCUGGAGGAGCAGAUUAAGACUCUGACCAUGAAGAAAGAGAGACUGCAGCUUCUCAGUGCUCAGCUAUCGGUGCCUUUCACCUCAAGCAUGACCUCCUCCGAUAUGAAAGGAGGCCAUUUGGGAGCCACUGACUCUUCUUUCCCAGUGGCAGCUCAGGACGGCGCGUCGUGUGGUGGCCACAGCAGCAGUGGCUCCACCUCGUCUCUCUCCACCCCUCCCUCCGUCUCCCAGAGCCCGCCGCUGCUGAACGGGGUCGCCGCCGCGGGAGCCGGCCCCGGCCGGCUGGGCGGGGUGGCGGGGCUGAUGGGGGCUCUGGGCGCGGGCAGCGCACUGGGCAUGGCGGGAAUCGUCGGGGCGCUGAACGGCGUGAUCCAGACGCCGCCGGGCGCCGCCGGCCCCCACGCACACGCCACGGGGGCGGCUACGGGCGCCACGUUGACCGUUAACAACGGCUCAACGUCUAGUAAGAGCAGCGCCGCGCGGCUCGGCCUGCUGUCUGAGCAGCACAGACUCCUGCAGCAGCAUCAGCUCCAGCAGCUGCUGUCCUCACACCCGUCAGCGGAGCAGCAGCAGGUGUUUUUCUACCAACUGAUGCAGCAGCAGCAGGACCUCCAGCAGCUGCAAUCCCUCUCCUCCUCUGCCCAGAUUCCCUCCAUCCCGCUCUCCUGCCCUCAGCUGCCCAUCGGCAACCUGCUGCCCAGCGGCCAGGGCCAGGGCACCAUCACCGCCAACCCCUUCCUGGCGAUGCAGCACGCACACGGUGACACGCACGCCUCGGGGGCUCAGAAGCCGCGGCUGGCCGAGAAGGCCGUGGGCGUCGCGGGGCAAGAGAAGACAUGACGGCAGAUGCCCUCUGUGUCUCGGUUGUCGAGGUUCUGUUUUUGUUUUGUCUUUUUUUUUUUGUUAAUAAAUAUGCAGAGUCUUCAGGAGAUCGGCCUGUUGGUCAACUUUGUGGUUCAGCGAUGAAAACCAGUCACCAGCUCUCAGUAGUGGACUUUAGUCAGGUUUUAUUUUUGAUUGAACUGAUUUCAGGUUACAGUCUUAAGAUUUUGUCUUCAUUUGUACUAUUUAUGUCCAUCCCAUUUUAGAUUUUAUCUCCUUUUUUUAAGCUUUAGUGCAGCUUCAGGUUCUUAUUGUCAUAUUUGGGAUGAUGAUUUUCAUUUCACUGGUUCAUUUACUGGUAGCAACUUAGUGUUUGGUUAAAUAAGCACAUGGUGUGUCUGAUCUCUUCUCUCCACAGAAGAGUUAACAAACAGCUCAGCCUUUAGAAACUGAGUUUCUCUUCAUAUUGUUUUUCCUUCAAUCUCGUCACAUUACUUUUUUUAUAUUUUUGCUGUGUCAUGUUUGAGGUUAUUUUUGUGCAACAUUUCGUCUGUUUUCCUUUGUCUCCCUAUUUCCUCUCUGCUUCUCCAUCCUCCACACUGGCAACCAUCUUGGCCUGGUCUCUCUGCCGUCUCACUCUCAGGGGCCUCAACUCACGAGCUAGCACACAACGAACUAAAAACGAAACGAGGAGAAAAGAAAAUCACUGAAAUACAUGUGUGUGUGUAAAAAAAAAAAAGAGAAAAAAGGAACUACCACAGCCCACCACAGGACUUAACGGUAGCAGAUGUAUGUUUGGCAUCUGUCUCGCAGCGAUCCCGAGGGGAAUAUUGGGUGAGAGGCUUGUGAAAACCUCCCACAUGUUCUCGCUGUUGCCUGUGUCCUCCCGUCUUUCACUGUUUGUGCAGAGCCGUUAACGUCAGUGAGCCGAGGCUCACGUGGUCACCGCAGAAGCCUUGCUUCCGACUGUCUCUUCUCUGGGCCAGAUGCAGGCGGCUCACUCAGGAACUGUGAAAUAAAAAUGGUGAAUGUUCAGAUGAACGUAUCGAUCCACACGGCACAGACUCACGGGGUUAGAUAUUAUGCAGUUGGGUGUCGGCGCGUGGAAGUCGUAUCAUUUCAUCUUCCUGAUAGGCUGGUCCUGCUGCACCUACCUCUCCAGCAGGACCAGCCUAUCAGGACCUACAAGGCCGACAGCAGCGGCCGCUGAUAGAGCCCCACGACCACGACUGGCCAAUCAGGGUCCAAACCCAAGUGCCUGAGGCCAAGGCAGGCAGGCAGGCAGGCAGGCAGGCAGGCAGGGAGGGGUGGGGGGGCGGAUUUGUUUCCUUUUACCUGUGUCCCUGUCACUCAGCCAGAUUUUUCACAACGCUACUGGUAAUUAAGCUGCGUUGCCAAGGCAACAGAUUACGAAUAGACUUUGUAACGUCAGGCUGGACGUGCGGUGUCUUUAAUAACACCAGGAAAUAAUUUUCUGCUGCUUUCUCUAAUAUCGAAGCCAACUUUGUGUUGUGCUUUUUAUUUAUUAGGAGAUUUUGUGUAACGGGCAUAAGAAGAUAUAUUUUAAAAGCCCGCUGGUGUUGAAACUGGACAUCGUUUUGUACUACUGUGUAAAGUUUUUAUUUUUUGUAUUUUUAUUUUCCCUCGUACAGUCAAGUCUCGCUGUGAACCGUUUAAUAACUUCUACUCCGUGUUGUGUUUUUCAAAGCUAAAAGCUACUUGCUGAUGGGGGGGGGGGGGGUUGUGUAUUGCUC